AUGAUGAUCGGCGGAGCUUCCGACGGCUGGAGCAGCCCAAACGACCCCGAUAACCCCUUCAACUGGACGCCGCUGCGGAAGUGGUUCGUGACCGGCUUAGGGCUCCUGGCCAGCUUCGAGACACUCAUCAAUGGCACCAUCAUCACCGUCGCCCACGAAGCAAUCAACGAUCAAUUCAACGUCAGCGAUGCACACUUUCCUCACUCCUACUGGCCGGUGACCUCGUGGGGCUUGGGCGGUGCGACCUUCUCUCUCAUCGUGCUUCCGAUCAUGGAAGAUUUCGGCAUCCGUUGGGUCUUCCUGGCCAUUUAUCUGUGCUUCCUUUGUUUUCUGGUGCCCCAAGCGGUCGCGCAGAACUUCGCGACCCUGAUCGUCACGCGCUUCUUCAGCGGAGGCUGCGUGGCUAUCCUGGCCAACACCGUCGCCGGUGUAAUUGGCAAUAUCUGGUCUGGCGAACGCGCGCGCACGCUCCCGAUCAGCCUCUACAUCACCAUCUACAUGGCCUCCAGUAGCAUGGGCCCCGUGCUGGGGGCCGCCAUCUUUCAACAUCUCUCGUGGCGCUGGAUCGGUUACAUCGAGCUGAUCUGGACGGGGGUCUUGUUUCCCGUCUUUCUCCUGGCCUUCCCCGAGACUCGUGCGUCGGUCAUCCAGGGGCAACGGGCGCGAAAGGCUGAUCACAGCACCGACGACACAGAGGUCAAGCCGACGCCCGGCACGGGCGAAACCGCCAAGCUCCUCAUGCGACUGAGCGACAGCAUCAAGCGACCGAUCAUGAUGCUUUUCACCGAGUCCGUCGUCUUCGUCGCCACGCUGUGGUCGGCGUUCAGUCUCGGCACCAUCUAUGUCUUCACGCAGUCAGCCGAACAGGUCUUCAACGGCCUAUACGGAUGGAACGCAACGCAGGCCGGCUACAUCCAGGCGGCCAUUGUGGUCGGCGAGCUCAUCGGCUUCGUCAUCUGCCUCAUCUGCAACCGGUGGUAUUUCGCCUCCGCCACACGCAACCAAGAAAUCCCCGGCGAGCCGAUCCCUGAGGCGCGACUCUACGCCGCCGUCAUCGGGGGUCUCCUCGGCAACACCGGCGGCAUGCUCAUCUACGCGUGGACAGCCUACCCGUCGCUCCCCUUCAUUGCUCCCGCCAUCGGGCUCGCCAUGGUCGGCAUGGGUAGUAACGCUGUCGUCAUCAGCAUCGUCACCUAUCUGUUGGACGCCUACGCGCAUCUGGCCAGCAGUGCGAUUGCCGCCGUCGGGCUCGGCGAGAAUCUGUUUCUGGCGAUCCUUCCCCUCGCCACACAGAGCAUCUAUAACACCUUGGGCUACCACUGGGCUAGUUUCCUCCUCGGCAUGAUCUCCUUCCUGUUGGCUCUCAUCCCCUUUGUCAUGUUCCGAUGGGGUACGGAGAUCCGGGCCCGGAGCCCACUGUUGCAGGAGGCGCGCACCAUGACUGCGGCGAUGUCAGGGGAGGAGAAGGAAAUGUCGGAGGCACAUAAGUCCACUUGAACGAAAACAAAAAGCAAAACAAAGCGAAAGAACCAGGUGGUGAUCGGAGACUACCCCCCAGCUUCGGGAUGGUCAUUCAUAUGAAGGGAAAUCUUAAGCAAGGAAUUCUUCGGGCUUUUUCUCGUCGCAUUGAUGUCCUACGACAGGACUAACGAAACUCCAAGCGUAUGGUUGGGCAAGUAGGGUAAGCGUUACAUCCGUUAGAUUGCUAUUACAAUUGAUUCCAUAUAUAACUUGUAGUAUAGUUAGAUAUUAUGAUUGACAUUUUGCAAUAUACUCUGUACUUAGAAGGGAAAAAAAAAUACCGGUCUACUAGCUAAUAGUAAA